CAAUUCAUAUAAAGACCUGCCAUGCGUUGUCUUGUCUUCCCAGCUCCCCGCUUGUUUUCUUGUACGACCAAGGUCGGUUUCUUUCCCGGUAUUAACGCAUUCGCUGACGGACCCUUUUCAUUUCGCUCUUAGGCUUCCGUUAGACUUCUGCUACACUUUCUUCGACGUUUAUAACGUUUAAUCUUUUGUCCUUCUUUAUCCUUACGCGUGCAUCUACCCGCAUUUCUCAUCGCCGGACGAUACUUUUGCAUACUCUCAAGUCUUAAUUCGCUCAAGCAUCUAUAUCCUCUUAAUUCGUCAUGGCCAUUUCUUCUUCUAUCAGCGUCUCUGUUGCCGUCGCCCACGCCGUUUCCUUCCUUACGCGUCCCUUGAUGACCGCCUACCCAGCGACGACCAUUAUCAAGUUGCAGCUUGUCCUCGAGGCCAACCUCACGGCCCAUUACGCGCCGUCCUGGGUCCCGUUUGAGCCUCUUAGUGGCUCAGGCCGUCGCUGCCUCACCCUCAGCCCAGACUGCCUCCCCCCUCGCGUUGUGUACUCCGCAUGUCUUGCUACGGGUAUUCAAUGGUUCGAUUGGAUCGUCCGUCUUGGCGGCCGUGAGUUCGACUUCUUUGUUGACCCCGGCUGCGUCUACAUGCGGGUAGGAAGCAGCAGUGAGACUAUCACUAUUUGGGCUGCCGAAGGUCCUUCCCCUGUGGUACCGUCCAUUAAUGUCGCGAACACCAAGACUGUCGCGCAGCAGCUCCUGGAAGAAGACUGCGAUACUGAUGAGCGGGUCUUCAACAUGAUCGCAGAUGAAAUGAACGACCCUACCUGGAUGACCCCCGUCGUUCCCCAUUUCUCCAUCCCCCGGUCUACCUCUCCCUUGUCCUCCAUCUCAAGCCACUCGCGUUGCAGCUCCCGCUCGUCCAACUCGAGCUCGAGCUACUCGUUUUCUUCAUCUGACUCGGUUGGCUCGGAAUCGUCGGGUUCAUCAACGCCCACAUCCAAGUCAUCGCAGUCUAGGCGUGAGAAGGCAAGGACUGCCCGUGUCUUUGUGGAUACCUCUAAGACAGAGGUGACCCCAUAUGACGGCGGCAAGACCACGGUUCUCACCGGCGGUGUCAUGCUUGGCGGUUCGCCCUCACCCAAGGCAAAGAAGCCUUCCAGCAAGGCACCUACCGGUUACUGGCGCACUGUUCGCGUUUAAAAGAACAAACCAUGACGUUUCACCGACAAUGUUGUACAUUUCGAUGCUUGCUUGACGACUUUGCUUGACGUGCAAUCCCCACGCUCAUUCUAUACCUUCACUUUCGACGCACUUCACGAAAAAAGAUAUCCACUCUCGAUCUUCGACGACACGUUGGACAUUCUCACGUCUCUAUUGAACACUACAUUAUUGCAUCUCUUUCACUCAACUACUGCCAAACCUAAUAUGUGUCUGUUCUCAAGAAUGUAUAGCAUCUAACUCCUUUUGUCGUAUAAGUCUUUUUAACUCUUUGGGUUUUACUAUAUUAUCGGUGGAUGCCUUGUCCACUACUUACAAUAAUUUGUGUUGCUUACGACGACUUGGCUACUACCUUGUACUCCUUAGUUGUUGUAUGCUACCUACCGCCGCCCUGGUCGGCCUGUCUUGCUGUGGCGAGAGCGGUGUUUCAAAUCAAAGAAACUUGACCAAUCAUCGUAUUUUAC